AGAGUCUGAAUAACAAUCGAUAGACGAUUUUAUUCUGUUUAUUAACAAAUGAGUGGAGAUCAAUCAGAAAUUAUUUUUUGUUAAUUUGUUAAAUAAUUGUCCAUAAAUUUCAAAGACAAUUUUAAUUUUUUUAUUAACAUAGGAGAUUGCAACUUGACACUGGUUAUAUCGUUCAGUGAGAGAACUGAUAUGGCCGUAUUUAUGCUCAACGUCUGUAAAUUUAACAGUUGUGGAUUGACGUUCAAGAGUUUGGGACAUUUAAUUCAACACAUUGAAGAGACACAUAUCGAUUACGAUCCACUUGUCGUUGAGCAAUCGGAGCAGCAGCAGCCUGCCUGUAUACCUCUCAGUUAUGCCCUUCGUUUCUUGACGGAUGCCACAAGACAGGAACUCCUGAAGCCAAUCAAUCAAGGACGAUCUAGUCAAACCACAGUCACCAACACGAAUCGCAACAAAAAUGUUACUCCCACAGGAAGUGAAGCCGAGGAGGGCGAGGAUCUUGUUAGUGAGCCAGAGGACAGUAACGACUCAUGGACAACUUCAGAGGAAUUUUCAUCUGACUACAUACUACGCUAUGGCAGCAGGGUAAUCAGUCAGAGUGUGACACCUCAGAAUAAUAAUGCCGACAAGCCGUUCGCUUGUCCAGUACCUGGAUGUAAAAAGAGAUAUAAAAAUAUCAAUGGAAUUAAAUAUCACUCCAAAAAUGGACACAAAAAUGAUGGCAAGAUUCGUAAAGCCUUCAAAUGUUCAUGUGGAAAAAGUUACAAAACUCCAUACGGCCUGAAGAAUCAUGCGUCAAUCCAGCACAACGGCAGUGGCGCAUUGCAAUUGAAGUCCUCGAUUACACCGACAAAAGGAUCAAAGAUCGGUAAUGAUAAUGAGAGUGGUACAGAUACCGUUGUCAUUAAAAUUCCAAAAGCCAAAAUAGCUGCAAUUGAGGAUCAUGGCUACAUAAAAUCUGACCGUUCAAUGCUGUCUGAGACAGAGAUCGAGUGUGACAGUGAUCUUGGUAUUCUCACACCAGCAUCAACUCCACCAUUGCCUAUUCAAAGUCCCACGAAGAUUGAUCAACAUUUGCCGAUUCACACGAGUGCUAAAACACUUCAGAAAUAUCUGACGGCUGCGCCGUCCGCUAAUAACUCACGCCGAAAUAUCAAAAAUGAGUACUAGUCAAGAAAUGAACGAUAUCGAGUAACAAUAUCAUGUUUCAAGUUUAAAGAAUGAAAAUUUCUUCAGUAAUGCUAUCAAGUGUGUCUCUUUCGUUGAUUAGGCAAUACAAUUCUUCACCCACAUUAUUUCUGAUUUAUCAGUCUUGAAUGAUAAUCCUCCUGUCUUGCCAGCGAAAAAGUGCACUUAAAAACUAUUUUAUUGGCUUGGAUGAGAGUUUAAUUUCUCACUGCUGAAGUGAAAGUUUAGAUAAUGAAAUCAAAUACUCCCCAGUGACAUUGGCAAAUUAAUGAAUAGUUAAUAAUUUGUUAUUACAUUGAUAAAAGAAAUAAAAUCGGUUAUUGUAGCAAUUUUGUUACGAAACGAAUAAAAAUGCAGAAUGCAAUUGUG